ACCCCACCCACUCAUCCCCCCUACCACCCUUUCUCCUAUUCCCCCAGAUACCCCCUGUUCCAAACCAAACCCCUCCCACUCGUCCUUCUCCUCAAUCCCACUCCCCAUUCACUGCCGCGCUGCAUUCUGGGCUGCCAGUAUGUCGGUAACGGACGAUGAAGUUAUACGCAAGCGGCUUCUGAUUGAUGGAGAUGGUGCUGGUGAUGAUCGGCGCAUUAACCUGCUUCUGAAAAGCUUCAUUAAAUGGUGUAAUUCUGGAUCACAGGAGGAGGGGUACAGUCAACAUCAGCGAAUGCUUGGCACAUUGGGCCAGUGUGAAUUUUCUAUGGGAAAAACAUUGCUUGUGUAUGAUAUGAACUUGAGGGAAAUGCUCAACUAUGAGAAAAUAUCUAAAGACAUUGAAAGUAACAUUUCAGCUGCUCAUGACAAGAUUUCAGAAUGUAAAAAGCAGAUUCAACAAGCAAAGCGAAUUCGAAAAAAUCGGCAAGAAUAUGAUGCAUUGGCAAAAGUGAUCCAGCAACAUCCUGAUAGACAUGAAACUUUACAGCAAUUGGAGGCCCUGGGUAAGGAACUUGAACAUCUUUCCCAUAUUAAAGAGAGUGUUGAAGAUAAGCUUGAAUUAAGAAGAAAACAGUUCCAUGUUCUACUCAGCACAAUACAUGAGCUACAGCAAACACUAGAAGGUGAUGAAAAAUUGUCAGAAGGUGAGGACUCGCCAGAGACAAGAAUGGAGAUUCAAAAUGGACAGUAGUGGAACUGCCAUUGAGAGAUUCUAUAUUCUAAUAAAAUGUUACUUUAUAAUAGAGGAAACAGUUCAUGUGAAGCAUUCAAUUCCUACCCUAUAAUUCCAAAUGCUUUUUAUGUCCAGGUAGGAAAAGAAAAGCUCAAUUUGUUUAGUUAUAAAAUAUUUUUGAAACUAAAUGUUUACUAGAGGAACCAAUAUGAAAUUUGUUUACUAUUCAUUUUUCUGAUCUGUAUUAUAAAAUAUUGGAAAAGAAAGCUGGGAAGACGAGGUCAGUGGGGAUGAAUUAAUUAUUUCUAGUAAGUUGAAAAAAAAUAGGAAUUUUCCAAAUGAAGAAGGCACCUUUCUAUUUUUUAUAAAGCAAAAAAUCCAUUAAUUAGGUUUCUUUGUUUUCUAAGUAAACCUGUCUUGAAUGAAAAGUUGAACCAUUUGAAAGUUUAUUUGGAGAAAUUAAUAGCUGCUUUCAAGCAGUAGUAUUUUUCUCUUCCCUGUUGAAUUUACAGUUUUUCUAAUGUGAUAUCUAAUAAGGUGACUUUGGUCUACUUCAGAUAUUUUGUGCUGUUAUGAUAUUCAGUAAUAAAAGUCAUACAUUGUAAAAGCAGAAUUUGCUUUGUCCUUUGUUUCUCUGUACUCUUCAUUGUGAAAUUUAAAACUGAAGAUAAGGUCAUUAGAUGGUGGGCAGAAUUGGUGGCCUGUCUGGCUGCUCUGCGCUUGUAUUGUUUUAACAAUAACUCCAUUGUGUGUCAUUUUAUAAGCGUUAGUAAAAUGACUUGGAUCAGUUUAUAUAUGUGAAUACGAUAGACUGGCAUGUAGUACUGAUUUUGGGAUCUGUCAGCUAUUCAUGAGUCAACAAUGCAAUCACUGAAGAAUUUGUUUCACAUAAACUUCAAACAAAAUACAAUUUAAAACUCUCUGAUCUGGCACCCGGCGGUUUGAUGGCUCUUGUACUCCAGCAACUUUUAGAUCUAUAGUACAGAUUUGUACUUAUUAAAUAAUUCUAACUUAAAUCUGAUUAAGAUCUAAAAUAACUAAGAUCUGUGCUAAUCUGUAUCUAACAAACCUACCAGUACAGCUUUUGUGAUCUCAGCUGACUGUGUUUCUGAAUUAGAAAAGCUUUGGGUUUUACCUGGUCCAUUUCCGACUCCUUCCUCCCCUUUCUAGAUCUUUCUGUCUCUGGAGACAGCUUAUCUACUAAUGUCUACUAUAAGCCUACUGACUCUCACAGCUAUCUGGACUAUUCCUCUUCUCACCCUGUCUCUUGCAAAAACGCCACCCCCUUCUCACAAUUCCUCCGUCUCCGCCGCAUCUGCUCUCAGGAUGAGGCCUUUCAUUCUAGGACGAGGGAGAUGUCUUCCUUUUUUAAAGAAAGGGGCUUCCCUUCCUCCACUAUCAAUUCUGCUCUUAAACGCAUCUCCCCCAAUUCACGUACAUCUGCUCUCACUCCAUCCUCCCACCACCCCACUAGGAAUAGGGUUCCCCUGGUCCUCACCUACCACCCCACCAGCCAAUAUAUUAUUCUCUGUAACUUCUGCCACCUCCAACGGGAUCCCACCACUAAGCACAUCUUUCCCUCGCCCCCUCUCUCUGCAUUCCGCAGGGAUUGCUCCCUACGCAACUCCCUUGUCCAUUCGUCCCCCCAAUCCCUCCCCACUGAUCUCCCUCCUGGCACUUAUCCGUGUAGGCGGAACAAGUGCUACACAUGCCCUUGCACUUCCUCCCUUACCACCAUUCAGGGCCCCAAACAGUCCUUCCAGGUGAGGCAUCACUUCACCUGUGAGUCGACUGGGGUGAUAUACUGUGUCCGGUGCUCCCGAUGUGGGCUUUUAUAUAUUGGCGAGACCCGACGCAGACUGGGAGACUGCUUUGCUGAACAUCUACGCUCUGUCCGCCAGAGAAAGCAGGAUCUCCCAGUGGCCACACAUUUUAAUUCCACAUCCCAUUCCCAUUCUGAUAUGUCUAUCCACGGCCUCCUACUGUAAAGAUGAAGCCACACUCAAGUAGGAGGAACAACACCUUAUAUUCUGUCUGGGUAGCCUCCAACCUGAUGGCAUGAACAUCGACUUCUCUAACUUCCGCUAAGGCCCCACCUCCCCCUCGUACCCCAUCUGUUACUUAUUUUUAUACACACAUUCUUUCUCUCACUCUCCUUUUCCUUCCUCUGUCCCUCUGAAUAUACCCCUUGCCCAUCCUCUGGGUCCCCCCCGCCCCUUGUCUUUCUUCCCGGAACUCUUGUCCCAUGAUCCUCUCUUAUCCCUUUUGCCUAUCACCUGUCCAGCUCUUGGCUCCAUCCCUCCCCCUCCUGUCUUCUCCUAUCAUUUUGGAUCUCCCCCUCCCCCUCCAACUUUCAAAUCCCUUACUCACUCCUCCUUCAGUUAGUCCUGACGAGGGGUCUCGGCCUGAAACGUCGACUGCAACUCUUCCUAGAGAUGCUGCCUGGCCUGCUGCGUUCACCAGCAACUUUUAUGUGUGUUGCUUGAAUUUCCAGCAUCUGCAGAAUUCCUGUUGUUAGCUUUGGGUUUUUGACUGUUCUCAGGAAUUGAACCUUCACAUAACUCAUGGAAGUCUUAUACUGAAAAGAGUUCUCCUGUUCAGAAGGAAGAUGACUGGGGACAGUUUCUGUGGUUUGGCAUAUUAUGUGGUCCAGCACCAGUCAGGACCUAUUUGUCUCCUAUUAGAAAGAUGCAAUGUGUAACAUGCAAGUUUCGGGGAAAAAUCAAUAAUUGUCUGGCAGGAAAAAAUCUGUUGCUGUCAUGGGGCCUAGGUUUGAAAAUCAGUAAUUGUUACUAUUAAUGAAUGAAAGUCAGCGAUUAACGUUAUUUUGUUGUGAUUAAUAAAAUGCCUUUUUAUUUUUAAGGAUUAACCUAUAGGUUAAUUAUAGGAAAAAAAUUAUUCUUAAUUCUCUCUGGUCAAAGCCUUCUUUCUAACUGCUUUACCUAUUUUGCUUUCUGUUUAAGAUUGCUGAUCUUAUUAUAGUUGAGAAUAUAACAACCUUGCAAUGAGAACAUCAAACCAGGAAAAAGACCUGAAAAUUUUCUUUCUUUUACUAAUACAGUUAACAAAUAGCAUUAUCAUAUACUUAAGAAAAGACACGAAGUCAGUUGUUGCUUUUUCUUUUUAAUCAUUGUUAUUGCUGGCAUAAAUAGUGCCAUCCCAGAAUACAAACUGCAAGAAAGCCAGUUACUAUUAUACAACAUACCUUCUAUCUGCUCUCUGAAGUUACAGUAAAUGACUUGUAGUUAACAUGAAACCUAUCAUGGCAACAUUUCUGCAUGGGAUUCAUAAUGAGGCAUCUUUUUUGUAGCCUACCUUAAUACAGUGACUUAUGACACAAUCAUUUAUUUAGAUCAGCCCAGAAGUUUUAGAAAAGCACCUAUCUAUUUAAAUAACUACGAUAUGGAAUGCAAAACCUGACUUUCCUAAAAUAAGCUAUGUUACAUUGCAAGGAUUUAAAAUGCUUAUAUAUGAAAUUUUGUUUCAGUUGAACUUAGACAAAUAGCAUAAUGCUUUACAAUGUGCCAGCUGUAAGCUUGGGGUUUGAUUCCCGCUGCUAUCUGUAAGGAGUUUGUAUACACAAAAUAAUCUGCAGAUGCUGGGAUCAAAGCAACAUUCACAAUACGCUGGAGGA